UGCAAGACAAAUUUUUCGGAGCGGUGUUUUGGUUGGAUCGCUUUAUCUUCGGCUUCGGGUCCGAAAAAUGAAUUUCGGUUUCUCACUCCUCCAGUCCUAGAGAGAGAAACUUCAGUACCGGAGAGAGAGAGAGAGAGAGAGAGAGAGAGAGAGAGAGAGAGAGAGAGAGAGCCAUUUGCGACGUCGUUUUGGAGCUUAAGCAACUGCUGUGUGAAUUGGGAGCUGCAAAGAAGCAGAACGACGCCGUACUGUCCGCGAUUUUGAAGAACCCUAGUUCUCCUGGCUUGGAUCACACUGACAAUUUGGAGAGUGCCCAGAAUUGGCGGGAUAAAGGUGCCGUAUGCAUAAUGGUCUCAUAUAUAGUCGUAGCUAUUUUUCACAGAAACAAUUAGCUGAGAAAAUUUGGUGCCUGGGAAUUUAAUGCCUGGUAACGAAAUUGAAGGCAGGAUCCAUAAUUUUUAUGAGCUAGACAACUAUUCCCGUCAAUCUCAAGUUGCAGACGGUAAUUGGCCUGCGCAUAUAUAUAAUCAAUGGCAGGGAAAUCAAAGAGAGAAGAGUAAUGUACAGCAACUAGAUUCUGGGAGAGGACGGGGUGGUGAGUCCUUGAGGUUUGAUAAAAACUAUACACAGUUGUCUCAGAGACCGGAAUUGUCUAGAAACCAACUUCUGGAGACGAAUGGGUUUAUGCUUGGACGGCAGGAUUUGCAGGAAAGCCAGUUUUUUGGUGAUAGCUCAGUUUUCAUUCCACAUACUUUAACCUCAAGAGGCUUAUCUAUCCUUCAAUCAGAGCAAGAAAAUGCAUCAUGCGAUAGUCCCACUUUGACUACCAAUUCAGAAAGGUCUGAAAUUACUGAAGCUUCCAGCGAGUUUAACUUCAUUGGAAGGCAGCAACAACUUGUGAGGGGACAACAACAAGGCAUUCCACAGCUUCACUCAAUGCAGCAGUCUGGGUACAAUGACAUGCAGAUGUUGCAGCAGCACCUGAUGUUUAAGAAACUGCAAGAACUUCAGAGGCAGCAGCAAGUGCAACAGUUCGGAGAUGUGAGGCAACAUAAUGCAGUAAAUCAGCUCUCUGCAAUCAAUAAGCAGGGUUCUGGGGUUCAUUUUUCACCACUAAUCAAUGGAACACCCGUUAAUGAUACGCCACAAAUGUUUAUGAAUUGGAUGCAGCGGGGUGGAUCGCCAGCAGGACAAAAUGUUUCUAAUAGAGUUAUUUUUUCUCAAGAGCAAGGUCAAACUUUGAGCUCAAUGGGUCUUGCUUCUCAGCAGUUUGAUGUAUCUUUAUAUGGUACUCCUGUUGCUAGUGGAAGAGGGACUAUGAAUCAGUACCAUCUCCCGGCGAUGUCUCAGGAUUCUGAAAAUUUGUUGACCAAGGCUAAUGAUCAAAUGCAGAAGCCUGCUAUGCAGUCAUCAGCCUUCAGUAACCCCUUUGUAGGUGAUCAUUGUAUGACUGCUUCUCCGGACCAGAUUUGCUCACCUCAAGGGGGUUUCGUAUCCCGACAAGACUUUCAGGGAAAAAAUGUAUUUGGACACGUUAUUACUCAGGGUUCAAAUUGUGGAUCCCCUUUGGGUAACCUCCAGCUAGGGAAUACCUUGCAAACAAAUACAUCACUUCAAGAACUCAGUGGAAAGCAAGAUCAAGCUGGCUGGCUGGGAACCUGUCAGCAAAAAACAAUGCAGCAUGGCCCUUCACAGAGUUUGGUUCCCCUUGAUCCAAUGGAAGAGAAGAUUUUGUUUAACAUGGAUGAUAGUACUUGGGAUCCUUCUAUGGUAAAGCACAGUGAUAUUGGGGCUGGAGGCUUUGGAGAUGCAUUCGAAAGUUCAUUUCCUUCUCUCCAAAGUGGAAGCUGGAGUGCGCUUAUGCAGUCUGCUGUAGCAGAAGCUUCUAGUAGUGAUACUGGCCAACAAGAAGAGUGGAGUGGUUUGACUUUUCAGAAUACCGAGCUGUCAACUGGUAAUCAGCCUUCAAACAUCAUGGACAAUGAGAACCAACAAGGAAGUUGGGCUGAUAACAAUCUGCAGAGUGUCUCUUCCUUAAGUUCAAAACCUUUUCCCAUGCUUAAUGACUCAAGUGUUAAUUCUAGCUUCCCCGGCUUUCCGCAGCCAGACAUCCAAUUCACAUCUGAGCAUCAAGAAGGGAUUCACCAGGAUGAAUCUCAUGAAUCCAAUCAGAAGUCUCCCAAAAACUCUAGCGAGUGGUUGGAUUGUAACCCUCAGCAGGUUCAGCCACAUAUGCGUUUGGACGGCACAUGGACCAGUCAAAGCAGUAAACCAGAAGGUGAUAUUCACGAAGGCACGUACAAUAGGAACUCUGAGAGUCAUAUGUGGAAUAGGGGAGGUGAUUCCAGGGUAACUUCAUUUUCCAGACCAACUGGACAAUUGGAGCAAGGACAAUCGGGCUCAGAGGAUACUCUUAGGAACAGAGAAAAUUCAAAUAUUUUUAACUUUCAUUCCGUGCAAAAUUCACACAUGACUAAUGUCCAUCAAGAAACCAGUCACCAAGUCCAAUAUAAUAAUAAGCUUGAUUACGGGAAACAUUUUAUAUCUAGCAACAAGGAGGAUAAUGAGGCCAUUGGAGAAAAACAGCGUCAAAUGAGUGACAGCUCUCGUGUUAUGCAUAACUCUUAUGGGAGGGAAGGUGGAACAUAUGAGCAGCAGCAAAAUUGCUACCAGAGGGACAACUUGUAUGACUGGAAAUCAGAGGAUUCUAGUGGCAUGCGUGUGACUGCACAAACAAGCAGGGUUGACCAGUCGAAGGAGAAUAGUUCUAUCGCACAGUUUGGCCCUUCUGGAUUUAAUCCAUUAUCUGAGGGUAUGAUCCAACCAGCUACUAAUUCCAAUCAAAUGCAAAUGGAUUCUAGUUUAAGAGAGAAAAAUCAGACCUGGUCUACUCCGUCCCCUUCUCAAUCUUUGCCCCAAUCACAUGAAUCAUCACCGAGAUCCCGUUGGGAUGAUAAAUUUAGUAUCGGUGGACAAUCGAGCAUCCCUACAUCUUAUAUGCAUGGAAGCUCUAUUGCAGAAAUUACAUCCAGUCCUACAUUUUCAAGGAAUCAACUUCAAACGCAACAUCUGUUUAAUGUACCUGGUCCAUCUAAUCAGACAACAUUAACUGGUUCUGCUGCAAGACAUCCACCUUCCAACCUUGCUCUAUCUCAAGAUACUUCUCAGCAGUCUUUUGUCAACUCUGGUGGUCAACAAUUCCCUGUUCUUGAAGCUGCUCCAGUUUCUCAGCCUCCUUUUAUGUCAGGCAUGCCUGCACGGGGUGGAGUAUCAGUGAAGCCACAGAGUUUAUGGACGAAUAACCCAAGUCAGCAACAUCUUUCUGGCAUGGAAACUACUUCGUUGGCUUCGAAGGAGCUAAAUGGUCUGAAUACCCAGGAUGGUGGAUAUGGGUCCUCUGAAUUUGGCCAUUCCACUACAAGUUUACAAGGCUUCAUUUCUGCACAAGAGCAGCAAGGGAAGGAGAGGAUGCUUGAUGCUUCACAGACAGGGGUAAGGAAUGUCUCUGAUCCUAGUGCUUUUGCCUCUGGUUCAUUGUUGAAUCAUUCGCAACUGCAGGAUCUUGGUGGAAUACAACAUAGCAACAACAAUGGCCUGGCUCCCUCUGCAAGAAAUCUUGGAUUUCUUGGCCAUGCUUUAAAACAUUCACAUGGAUUUCAUCAUGACUACUCCCGGCUACACCAAGUGCAGGCUACGAAGAAUGAAGAGGCCGAUCCAAGUAGGAGGGAUCUGGAUGUACAACAGGUAACUGCUAUGGAAGGACAGCAGUCAAUUUAUGGUCAUAACAAUGAUGGUGAACUGAAUUCUACAUCAACUCACAAGUUAUCACCACUUGGAAAUUCCAAUGCACCAAGUUUCCUGGCAGAUGCAAGAGAAGGUCCAAGUGUAAAAACUUCUUCACAAGCUGCUUUCCAAGCCCAAGGCAUGGUUGCAUUUGGUGAAAGUGAUUCUCAGAGCCAAUCUACUGGCAAUAAUGUGCUAUCUCAUAAUGGUGAAACUUCUCAGGCCAAUCUAAGCAUGGCAUCAAACUGGUUUAAACAGUAUGGGACUUUCAGAAAUGGGCAGAUGCAACCAAUGUAUGAUGCAAGGCCUGCUACGGGGCAGUUCUCACUUAUGAAGCCUUCUCAGAGCCUAAACAUACAUUCUUCUGUGGAACAGAUAGAUGCUUCUAAUGCUAGUCAAAGCAACAGAGUCUGGCCAAGUACAGCGACGAAUUUGAUAACAAGUGAACCCUUCAUAGAUCCUUGUGUGUUACCUUCAGAUACCAUUGAUGAAAGUAUGGGUAUUGUGAGACCAAAGAAACGCAAAAUUGAAACAUCAGAACUUCUACCAUGGCACAAAGUGACACAAGGUUCCAAAAGGGUUCAAGAUGUCAGUAUGGCAGAGCAAGAAUGGGCCUUGGCAUGCAAUCGGCUGAUUGAGAAAGUUGGACAUGAGUUUGAAAUGAUUGAAGAUGGACGUCCGAUCCUUCGAUCUAAGAGAAGGCUUAUCUUCACAACACAGUUUCUGCAGCAAUUGCUCGGCCCUGCACCAGCAUCCAUUCUCUCAGCAGACGCUGUGCUGUACUAUGAUAGUGUGGCAUAUUUUGUUGCCAAAUUAUCAUUAGGAGAUGCAUGCACCCUGACCUGCAGCAAAAGAAAAAGUAUUCAUGCGCCACUGAACGACAGUGAUAUGAUUGCGGAAAAGCCUAAAGUUUCUGAAAAUAUUGAUCAGCAGUACUUGUCAAAAGCUGUGGAAGAGUUCACGUAUAGAUCGAAGAAGCUGGAAAAUGACUUACUGAGGUUAGACAAGGUAUCAAUUCUAGACUUAAGACUGGAAUGCCAGGAGUUGGAAAGAUUUUCCGUCAUCAACCGGUUUGCCAGGUUCCAUAUCCCCCAAGCAGCUACGUCUGGCAUCUCUUCUUCAUCCGGUACAGUUCCAACCGCACCAAAACCAUUUCCCCAACGAUAUGUCACUGGACAGCCACUGCCAAGACAUCUACCAGAAGGGGUUCAUUGUCUUUCACUGUGAUUCUGAAUUGAAUGCUCCUCCCGCCUGAAUGCUCUCCCCUUUUCAUCCAUAUGCAUUCCAUAUCCCGCUCAUGCACUCGUUUAUGAUCGCUUUUACUGACAUAUAUGCUGGCAUUGAAGAAAGAAGAUUGAAAAAGAUGGAAUGCAGGAAGUUGACCCCAAGUAACAAAGGCGGCUCGUUCAUUUUUGAACCAACACCUAUUGUUGUCAUUUUUGAGAAAGUACAUAUGGUUCUCUUGUAUAUUUUGAUGAAGUUGCUGAGGAGAAUAGGUAGAGUGCCUGAAGUAGCAGGAGGAUCGUCGUUGGAUGUGUCUCUUAGUUGCCCUAAGUUGCAUAAAUUAGAUUUUAAUCUAGCCAUACCUAAUUUAUACAAGAAUCUCCGGUAGCUACGGGCACUGUCACUGUCGUAUUCCCUCUCUUUUUCUCUUCCUCCGCCGCUCUUUUCACCGUUUUCACAGGUCUUUUUCUGCAUAAAGCUGUGCUGGAUGAACCGGGAGAGAGAGUUGAGAUGUUGAAGAUGAAAAACAGUUCCAAGUUAGUUAGGAAAAUUGAAUAAUAUUAUGAAAGUUGGUUGUAAUUUUAACUUUUUUUUUUCUGACAUUAAUGAUAGUAUCUUUCUUUAUUCUGACAUUAAUAAUUUGGCCCUUGAA